AUGGAAACUCUUGCAGGAAAGGGAAAGUCAAAUGCCAUUGCCUCCGUUGUGGUUCAGAGACAACAUCCCAAGAAGCAACGGGUUGGGUUCACUCAACCUUCCAAUUUACCAAACAUCAUUCUCUCAAAAAAUGAGUCUUUGCAAAGAGAAUCUGCAAUCUCCUGGAAUAACGUCAACCUUGAAAAACCAAAUUCCAUAAACAACUUUCUUCUUUCCUCUCAAAUUCAUGAACUUGAUGUUUGGGACAUCAAUGAGUAUCUUCGUGUCUUGGAGGUGACUAUAAAAAGAAGACCUGUGGUUAACUAUAUUCAAAAAGUUCAAAGAACAAUUACCUCCAACAACAGAGCAGUACUGGUGGAUUGGUUAGUAGAAGUUGCCGAGCAGUACAAUCUUCUCUCCGAUACUCUUCUGCUCUGUGUGUCAUACAUUGAUAGAUUUUUAUCAGUCCAGCCCAUGAUCAGAUCGAGGCUUCAAUUGUUGGGUGUUUCCUGCAUGUUCAUUGCUUCGAAAUAUGAAGAAAUUAAUCCACCCAGUUUGAAUGAGUUUUGCAACAUCACUGACAACACCUAUGACAAAACAGAGAUUAUNGUUAUAUUUCUGAUUAAGAAAAUAAUAUAUCCAUAG